AUGAUCCCGUUUGAUCCCCGGGAUUUUCCCCGUUCCCCGCCCGGGAAGCAGCGGCUGAAACGAAAUCCCCUUCCCGCGGAGCUCGGGGGGAAAACCCCAGCGCCCUCCCCUCUCCUCCGGCCCUUCUGGGGCCAAAUCCAGUCGAGGAUGCCCGUGUCCGUCCCCCCCUCCCCCGGUGGGGACACCCCAAACCCGGGCUCUCUCCGCAGCCCACCCUGCGCCUGCGAGCGGGGCUGCGCGGGGAUGAAGGCUCUCCUCCUCUUCGCCCCAAAAUACGGGGUUUACGGGGUGCGAAUGGCUUGCUCCCCCAAAUCUCCCAGCCGGAGAUGCUGGAGGACCGAGCUCCCGCGGAGGUUUGGUACCAAAUGCGCCGGCUGCUCCCAAGGCAUCUCCCCCAGCGACCUCGUCCGGAAAGCCCGGAAUAAAGUCUUUCACCUGAACUGUUUCACCUGCAUGGUCUGCAACAAGCAGCUCUCCACGGGCGAGGAACUCUAUAUCAUAGACGAAAACAAAUUUGUUUGCAAAGAGGAUUAUUUGAACUCUCCCAGUUUGAAGGAAAGCAGCCUCAACUCAGGUACGAGCGGCUCAGCCCGCCGCAUCGCCCGGGGAUGCGUCCCUGCCGCUCAUUACCAAGGUGACUACUACGGACCGGGAGGCAACUAUGACUUUUUCCCCCAUGGGCCGCCCUCCCAAGCCCAGUCCCCGGCCGACUCCAGCUACCUUCAGAACUCAGGACCCGGCUCCACGCCCCUGGGACCCUUGGAGCCCCCCCUAAGCGGACACCACUCCUCAGAAAACCAAAGGUACACGGAUAUGAUCUCGCACCCCGACACCCCCAGCCCAGAGCCGGGGAUGACCGGUUCGCUGCACCCCAUCCCGGGGGAGGUCUUCAGCGGGGGGCCCAGCCCGCCCUUCUCCAUGUCCAGCAAUAGCGGCUACAGCGGGGCUCUCUCGCACCCCAACCCGGAGCUCAGCGAGGCGGCGGUCUGGUAG